AUGUCAAGUAAUAAUUUUUUAUCUACUAAAAGAAAUAAUGGGGAGACCAAUAUUGAAUGGAUUAAGAGGAUGAUAAAGGAUAAGCAGAUUUGUUCUAUCGAUCAUUCAGAGUUUGGAGACCCGGUCCAUGUUAGGUAUGGAGGUUCUGGAGUUGUUACAAGAGCCGAGUGGAAAAAGAGGAAAAUUCAAAUUAUUUUAAAACAAGUUAUACCUAAUGAAGAAGUAUUGGCAAAAUCAGAGAAUGAAGAGCUUGUUAAAGAGAUUAAAGCUUUUCAUUCUAUUCAAAAUUCCUUGUCAAGUGUAAUAGGUUAUAAUAAUGUGGUCAAAUUUUUAGGUGUAUCAAUAAAUAAAGAAAUAUUUUUCCUCGUAUUAGAGUAUGCAGAUUGCGGUAAUUUACGCGAUUAUUUGAUACUUCACAAUGAUUUGAACUGGAAACAAAAAAUUAAUAUUGCACGACAGGUUACUUGUGGCUUAUAUUUUCUUCACGAUAAUGAAAUUUUACAUCGUGAUUUGCACACCGGAAAUUUAGUUAUUAAAAGCGAUCGAAACAGUGAAGAUGGCAUUAGGGUUCUUAUUACAGACUUUGGGCUUUCUAAAGUUGUUCCUCGUCAAAGUGUAUCGAGUCAGGGAAUAAAAGGAUGCAUCCAAUUUAUGGAUCCUGUUUUAUUAAAUGAAUUAAAUGCAAAGUAUGGUGAAGUAUAUGGAUACUCGUCUGAUAUAUAUAGCCUGGGUAUGAUAAUGUGGGUAGUUUCAAAUAAUGGAUUAUUGACAGAUGAUAAUCUCACGACGGCAUACAUCAAUAUAGUAAAAGGUAGACGGGAAAAACCGGUGGCUGGGUCCACACAAUCUUAUGUUGACCUUUAUACGAAAUGCCUAGAUAAAAACCCAAAAAAUAGGCCUACAAUCGCAUACGUUUAUGAUUCAAUUAAUGAAGAAGAUAUUGCAUCAGGAAAAAAGUGGGAAGAGACAGUACAGUCGCAGUAG